AUGCACUCAGCUGAAAGUCUUCCAAGCUUUGUCAUGUGCCAAUACCAUGAAUGUAACGUCUACCUGCUAUGCUCUUUGAUUCUACUCCUCAGCUUCUCAUUUUGCUCUUGUUCUGAUACCAUAUUUGGUGACAAAGGCAUCAGAGAUGGAGAGCUUCUUGUUUCUAAAUCCCAAACAUUUGCUCUUGGAUUCUUCACUCCAGGCAAGUCCAACUUCCGUUAUGUGGGAAUAUGGUACAACAAUGUGCAAGAACAAACUGUUGCUUGGGUUGCAAACAGAAACACUCCCAUGAAUGACACUUCUGGGGUUCUCUCAAUCAACCCAGAUGGAAACCUAGUACUCCAACACAAAUAUAGCACCGUUCCCGUUUGGUCGACCAACAUUUCAACCACCCAAUUAAACAGCACCGAAGUCAUGGCUAAACUCACAGACAUAGGUAACCUUGUUCUGAUUCUAAACAACACCAAAACUGUCGUCUGGCAGAGCUUUGACCAUCCCACGGAUACCUUGCUUCCAGAUCUAAGAGUUGGUUUUGACAGAAGAACAAACCAGAGUUGGUUCCUCCAAUCCUGGAAGACAGAUGAUGACCCGGGAACAGGUUCUUACACCUUGAAAAUAAGUAGCAGUGGACAACCACAGAUGGUCUUUUACAACAAGAACCUUCCCUUUUGGCGAGGCGGAUCGUGGAACGGUGAAUUGUUUAUGGGUGUACCCGACAUGAAGAGAGAUAUGUAUACUUUUAACGUUUCUUUUAUAGAAGAUGACAACCACGUACUACUAUCAUAUAACAUGGUUGAUAAGUCCUUGAUCUCUAGGGUAGUAGUUCAACCAUCUGGUUUCUUUCAAGUAUUCACCUGGGAUAACCAAAAUAGUCAAUGGAAUAGGUACUGGUCUGAACCAACAAAUCAAUGUGAUAACUAUGGAACCUGUGGAUCAAACGGUAAUUGUGACCCUUUAAACUUUGAGGAAUUUCGGUGUACUUGUCUGCCUGGGUUUGAACCCAAAUACCCAGAUGAUUGGUAUAAAAACAGAGAUGGGUCCGGAGGGUGCGUGAGGAAGCAUCGUGCAUCCAUUUGUGGCGAUGGGGAAGGGUUUGUCAAACUUGAAGGCUUGAAGCUUCCUGAUACCUCUGAGGCAACUGCCAUAAAGGGUUGGAGUUUGGAUGAAUGUCAGGGGGAUUGCUUGAGAAAUUGCUCUUGCACUGCAUAUGCCGUUCUUGAUGUGAGGAAUGGUGGAAGUGGGUGCUUGGCAUGGCAUGGGAAUUUAGUAGACAUACAAAAACUGAGUGAUCAAGGCCAAGAUUUAUUUGUCCGUGUUGAUGCAGUUGAACUAGCAAAUUAUAACAAGAAAACAAAAGGGGUACUCGGCAAAAAGAGGAUGGUUGCAAUUCUGAUUGCUUCAGCACUUACAAGUGUCAUUCUUUUCUCCUGUGUGUAUUACCUGUGGAAGAGGAAAAGCAAAGAUAAACUGAUGCAACAUUUAAAAUUUUCCCCUGGAGACGACAACGAUAUCCAAAGCAACACACAUCCAAAUCUUCCCUUUUUCAGCCUUAAAGUGAUAAUGGAAGCCACAAGAAAUUUUGGUGAUGAAAAUAAGCUUGGGCAAGGUGGAUUUGGUUCUGUCUAUAAGGGAUGUCUAGUCAAUGGACAAGAGAUAGCAGUGAAAAGAUUGUCCGAACAUUCAGGUCAAGGGACAGAAGAAUUUAAAACUGAAGUUACAUUGUUAGUUAAACUUCAACACAGAAAUCUGGUGAGGCUUCUCGGUUGUUGCUUUGAAAAAGAAGAAAGGAUUGCUGGCAAGCAAGAUUUUUCCACCACUCCAGCACCAAAGCUUUGCACAGAACAGUUCAUAGAUCCCCUGACUAAACCCACUGGAACAAAUCAAAGAAAAUUUUAUACUCCCGUGUGGAUACUUUGGACAGAAGGAAAAGCCUUGGAAUUAGUUGAUUCAACACUGCGUCAGUCUUAUCCUCCUGCUCUUGUUCUGAGGUGCAUUCAAAUUGGUCUAUUGUGCGUGCAAGAAAAUGCAAUGAAUAGACCUUCCUUGUCAGAAGUUGUUUUCAUGCUAGGCAAUGAAACACCUCUCUCUCCACCCCAAAAGCCAGCAUUUUUAUUCAAUAGAGACAAAGAUUUGCCUGAGUCAUCAACAUCAGGUGGAGGAUCUUCAAUAAAUGAAGUAACAGCAACUACCAUCAGCGCUCGCUAG